AUGAUGGUCACAUCGUCCAUGAUCAGCACAUUCUGGAAGGAAACCCCGCUGCCCUUCUGCUCGCGAUACUGGAUGCUCGUCGGCGGCACCGAUGAAUGUUUCUGGAGACCGAACAUAUUCAUAGUGCUCGCCGCCUGCAUCAUAUACUCCCUAGCCGCUUGUUGGUGGUACAAUCGGCAUAGCCACUGGCCUCAUCAGAAAGAAGCCAUUGCUCUCGCGCUCCUCGUCGGCCUUGGACUGUCAUUGGCGCUGGAUGCAGACCUGGAACACGUGUUGAGGAACACCCUGACGUGGAGCAUAUUUUCGGGACUGAUCGUGGGCGCCGUUAUGGAUCGCCGGAAGAGCCACCGAGGCGGAAGCUCUCCCGUUUGA